AUGGAUCGUAAUGGCAACUCGCCACGCGUACUUGCCGACCAAUUACGGAGGUUCAUUCAGAAUCCAGACUCGACCCCAUCAGGGAGCGGAAUUUCACUAUCAGACGCAGGAUUUGUGCUGUUAUCACUGAAAGACCAAAUUCUUGCUGACUCAAUAAAAGCUCAACACUUUUCCCAUGAAUUUGUUUCAAAACCAAUUAAUGGAAUCGAGCUGCUUGGAAAAGUGGUUAUUGUACUGCAAGGGAUUGUGAAUAGUGUGGAAGGGUCGGGAUCCAAAAUAUCGUAUCUGUUGAAUCGAAACUCUACAAAUGCAAACCGCAAGCGAAAAGCGGCUGUAGCUGAAGCUGACUGUAUAGAGAGUAUUAAAUUGUUGUUGGAGAAAUCUGAAUCCUCAUGGAAGUCAUUUCUCGAAACUUCAACUGGACUGGAUGCCAUAAUGUAUUCUAUUCAUUCGCCACAGCUUGACUCCAAGUGCUACUCAUUGGAGAUUCUCCUUCUUCUUCUCGAACAACCACAGGGAUUUGUGAUUUUGUUGAGGGCAUUGACAGUGUUGGCAGCAAGGAAUCGGGAUUACUUGAGGUUUUCCAUUUUUGUAGCCCAAUUGAAACAUGGUCUACAUACUAAGAAACUACACAUCCAGAUUCUGGUCGCUCGCCUAUUCAACAAGCUGAUUGCAAGCGCGCCAACACCUGUUCAUAGAGCUUUGGUGAAAUCGGAAGUGUCGUUAGCGCAGUAUAAUCCCGAUUUUGUGGAGAAACUCAUUGGCUACCCGAAUUCCUCCUACGGCGGCAUGGACACGUUGAUUGACGAGUUGAACGCGUGGAAAUCGUUGAAUCAAUAUGUUGGGGGGUCUGGCAGUGUCGAACACAAUCAUAUCUACGGAACGUCGGAAGUGGAUGGAAGUAGCAUUUCAGAAAGAAGCAGGAGGCACACGCCAAACUCGAAAAUGAUGCCUGUCACCUCUGUGGUCAAAAACGUGGAACGCCAACGCUUCCGAAAGCAAGGUGCCGGAUCCGGCGGCCGCGCUGCCGGCAGUAACUACUAUUUCGAUGGCGGCGCUGGUCCACGCUUGACUUAUGACAGACGAUCGCAAACACUCUCGCAUGGUUCUUAUGCGGAACCAUCCUCACCACUACCUCCGUCCAGAAUCGGCUACGCAACGGAGCGACGUGAACCAUUUGGUGCCAUGAGGCGAGCAAAGAGUGAAAGUGCAAUGGUUUUCAGAGAAAAUAGAGAAGAAUUUGAAAAUGACUCUCCUGAAAUGGCACCAAAAGGUUUGAAACGCUUCGGAAACAACAGCCAGAAAGAACAAGUCCACUAUCACCCCAUUCAACAAGUAAAAACCUUGUCAAGGAGUGUGCACGACCUGGCUAUCCGAGAUGAUGAUCCAGGAACUCUACUCCGUCCAGUAUCUGCUAGACCACCCUCAUCCGCAUCUCGUACACCAUACCGAGCAGUGUCUCCUACACCAGUGUCUCCAAUUAUAAAGCAAGACUCUGAUAUUCCAUCCAGGAGAUUGUCUAGCGCACUUUCUCCACGAGCCCGGUUUGCAGAUCCACCAAUUGUAGAAGCUCAACAGCCACAUGCUGGCUUUUCUUAUCUGUUCCCACAGCAGCCAGUUGUUUGUUCGGUGUACAACAAGAAGCUAAUGUCUCCAGAACCUAGAGAUUCUUCAUCGUCCACCUUAAACCGUCCUGUCUCUGCACCUCUGUAUGCCACUGCUGGACAUCACGAAGGAACAAGCCGACCACUGUCUCCGCUGGAAAUUCAGAAUUCCAUGUCUGGAACUCAACAAGAUUUCGAUUUACCCGUUGCAUAUAGCAAUGAGAAUGGGCAAGUGGUGUAUGUUCCGAUUAAUAUUGAAGGUGGUAUGGGUGCUGGGCCUAGAAGGAUGAGCAAGACUUCUAAAUUCGAGUACACUCCCAAUGACUCUAGGAGCAAUAGUCGUGCCAAACUUAGAAGCCCAAGCAUUAAUGGAGAAGACGUUCGAAACGCUCUGAGCCAGUUUGACUACCUGUAUGACUACGAAGCCGACCAGAGUCCUCAGCAUAAAACCCGCGAAGCUACUUAUCAUUUGUAA